CGCACACUUUGAGACUUUCCAGUUUUAUAUGUUAUUAUUGUCUCGAUAUGAUUACGAAUUGUUAUUUUUAAAUUCAUGUUAUCGUACGCAUGAACAUACGUCGAAAUUCGUAAACAAUCUUUAUUCAUAGAAUCAAUUAAUUUACAUAUACUGCGAUACAAAUGCUCAAUUCAUGAGUAGUAUACAUACAUCUUUAAACAUUUAAAUAUUAGAGAAUAAAAGAGACAAUUAGAGCAAUUUGAAUAAUAUUUAUUGAGAAAAAAAGGCAAUUCGCAGAUGACGCUACUGUUUCGAUAUAGAUGCCUAACUUCACUGUUGAAUGUUAACCUAAAAAGUUGUAAAUACACAAUCCACAGCUGUUUGGGACACAACUCAUUUCUUGACACGAUGAUUUAUUCGUAAAAUUAUUAAUGAAUUUACCAUAGGAAUACAAAUUUUUUGUAAUGAGCCUUCAAAUAUUUUAGUGAAGUAUUAAACAAGUGAGAUUUCGUUUUUAUACGUUUCCAGUUUUUAGCGAAAGUGCAACUGCGUCUUUGUAAUUAUAUUAAAAAUUGAAGACAAGGUUUGACCUCCUUCUUUAAGCGAAGCAGUGCAUUCAACUGCCAGCUGCUGCUGAAUGCAGAUCUUAGUACAACAAAACAUUUCAAUCUAAUACCAAUCAUGGCAGACAGGAAUAAAAUUUUGGUUGGUGCUGGAGUAAUAUGGGGUAUUACUCUUUGCUGUCUCUUCAUUAGUCGCAAACUUCCAGGGUCAAUGGGAUUAUUAAAUUUCAUUCCUGGUAUUUUAUUUUGGAACCAAAAAAUGGAAAACAAUGAAGAACAGAAAUGUAACAUAAAUGAAGCUAGUACAUCUACGCCUUUAGAUUGUCAAACUAAUUCCAACACUGAUACAGAAAAAGACAGUGCUACAGGACAAAAAAUACCAAAUUUUACGACAGCUGGAUUAAUAGGAACAUCGCCGCCGAAAUUUGUUCCGCUCGAAGAAAUCAUAAAAGUCGCUAAUGACAUGCAAAAUAUGACUUUAGCUCACGAAAUUGCGUUGGACAAAAAUUUUCAAUUACAAAAAUUUGAACACGAAGAUGGCACAUUUUACAAGAGAGUCAAAGAUAUUAUGCAUACCGCGUUUUGGAACUUGUUAGCCGAGCAAUUAACUGAAGAUCCUCCGAUCUAUACGCAGGCAUUGGUUUUAUUAAACGAAAUUAAAGAAAUUUUAGAUGAAUUAGUGUUGCCACAUCAUGCAAAAAUACGAGAAAAUUUAAAGGAGGUGCUUGAUGUAGAUCUAAUUAAACAGCAAGCAGAAAAAGGUGUUUUGGAUUUCCAUCAUUAUGCACAAUAUGUGAUUUCAAUUAUGAGUAAAGUAUGUGCGCCAGUAAGAGAUGGAAAGAUUAGAGAGCUCAGUCAAAAAACAGAUGUUAUCGAAAUAUUUAAAGGUAUAAUGGAAGUAUUGCAACUUAUGCAACUUGAUCUGGCAAACUUUACUAUUACUAUGAUGAGACCAAAUAUAGUUGCGUCGAGUAUCGAAUAUGAAAAAGCAAAGUUUGCUGAAUUUUUAAAAAUUUGUGCAAAUGGUUUGCCAUAUACAGAAAAAUGGUUAUUAAGGCAUUUCGAUCCUACAAAAAUCAAGGAUAGUUCAGCAGAUGUUAAUGCUGUGAGACAGAUCACACAUUGUCUUUUAGCUGAAGCAUAUCUUGAUCUUCUAGAGUGGGAUUUCACUCCAGAAACAGAAACAUUGAUGCUCGACCAAGAUAGAUUACUAGAAUUGCGUGAUAAGACCAGUAGGUUAAGUAUUAUAGGCGCCGUAAUAUUGUUAGCAAACAAUACAGUGGGUGCGCCAAUUCAUGGAGUAUCGAGUUUUAAAAUGAAUAUUAAACAACAUCUUAAUGUGCUGUUAGAAUCUGUGCAUUCAAACAAGGAUUUGGAAAUAGUAAUGCCGAAUAUUGUAUUGCAAGUGAAAGCAGACGUAAGAACAACAUUGGAGGAGAUUGGUAUUACUCACUUAUCUCCAGAGUUGGAAACAUUAUUAGAAGGACAAAUAUUGGAACUCGUUAAACCGGAAAAUAAGAUUAGGCAUCUUAUAAAAUUGAGAAUUCGACAAUUUUUACAAAAGAUAAUAUUGUCAAAAUCUACGGCACCGCAACAAGUGCCGCCAGGACUUUCAUCGCUUCAGGAAGAGUUAACAGCCAUAGCAGCUCAAUUUUUAAUAGUUAUUUCUCAUAAUCGCAGCGUAUUUGGAGAGUACUAUCAAGAAAUUGUGACCAAUGCUAUUAAAAGAAAAGAAGCUGAUAAUAACAAAAAUGUUGAUAAUAAUAUAGACGCAAAUGAAGUUGAUACCAUGAAGUCGUAAAAAGAA